AUGGCGCUGUGGUACUCGCUAGGAAUCGCGUUCUUUGCCGCCAUCGGCACGUUCUUGUUUGGGUUUGACACCGGGAUCGCGACGACGACUAUCGCGCAUCAAAGUUGGAUUGAUUAUAUGGAUCAUCCCUCAGAGGGAUUAACAGGAGCCGUUGUCGCGGUUUAUAUCGCCGGCGAGGCACUAGGUGCCCUUACGCAAACUUUUAUCGGUGAUAAACUCGGGCGCAUCCGGUUUAUGCAGCUGAUGUGUGCGAUUGUCACCAUUGGCACGGUCAUUCAAACCGCCUCGGUGAAUAUCGGCAUGUUUCUUGCUGGCCGUGUAUUAGCCGGAUAUGCCGUUGGAGGAUUGGUCGCUACCGUCCCCAUAUACCUCAGCGAAAUCUCCGACCCCCGUUUCCGUGGUCUGAUCGGCGGUAUCUCAGGAUGCGGCAUAUCCUUCGGAACGAUGGCAUCCAACUGGGUCGGAUUCGCCUGUGGAUAUGCUCCCUACGGCGCCGUGCAAUGGCGCCUACCACUCGGGAUCCAGAUCCCAUGGGGCAUAGUAAUGUUCAUCGGUCUCUCGACUUUCAUGCCCAACUCGCCCCGCCAAUUAAUCCGAAGCGGGAAGGUCGAUUUGGCCCGUAGCGAGUUCACGCGGAUCCGGCGUGGGGCCCAGACGUUGGAAGUGGAGGAGGAAUUUGCGCUUAUGCAGGCGCAGAUUGAGUAUGAGAUGGAGCGCGAGAUUACCUCUUAUCGGGAGAUCUUCCGGGUGUUCCGAUCUCGGGUGAUGGUCGCUAUUGCGGUGCAGACGAUGACGAGUUUGACAGGUGUCAAUGUGAUUCAGUAUUACCAAACUAUUCUGUAUAAGUCGCUCGGUAUUGGAUCGCAUACGAUCUUGGCCCUUGCUGCAGUCUAUGGUACCGUGGCUUUCCUGUCGAAUGCUAUCACGACAAAGUAUAUGACGGACCAAUGGGGCCGCCGGAAAAUGUUGAUCACUGGUCUGGCCGGCAUCGUGCUGAUUGAGAUCUACGCUGCAGUGAUGCAAUUGAAGUUUCAAAAUACUGAUAACAAAGUUGGCAAGGGGUUCGCAAUCUUGGGGAUUUAUCUCUUUGUUGUUUGUUAUUAUGGUUUCCUCAACAGUACAACAUGGCUGUACGGCGCAGAGGUUCUUCCCAUUGCUCUUCGUAGUAAGGUGAUGGGCAUUGCAGCUGCUUCUCACUUCAUUGUCAACGUUGCCAUCACCGAGGCCGGCCCCAGUGCCUUUGCCAACAUCAAACAGAACUACUAUUAUGUGUUCGUGGCAUGUACACUUUUCUUCCUGGGAGUAGCGUAUCUCUAUUUCCCUGAGACCAAACAGAAGACCUUGGAGGAAGUGGCAGCCGCGUUCGGCGACAGAGUAAUUCAGGCAGACGAUGGGCCCAAGCGAACAUCGGUGAGCCAAGCGGACCACGUCGAGUCUACUGCACAAGAGGCCUGA